AUGGCAGAGCUAGAAGGUGAGCUUGCAGGCAAACUUCGGUUGCCACUUCCUUCAGUGUUUAAUGGAAACCCAGAAUCCUGGGAAGAAUGGGAAUGGAACUUCACUGUCUAUGUUGCUCUUUUCGAUGCCGAUGUAAGUCAACUUCUCGAGCGGAGUGCAGCUUCAGAUGUCGAAAUCGAGGAUGCACACAUCGCACAGUUCGGACAUCCGCGCGCACAACAGCUUCACACGUUCAGCCGAAAACUUCAUGUUGUUUUGGCGAAUCUCACUUCCGGCGCAGCGAAACUUUUAGUGCGACAGAACAUCGGUGGAAACGGCUUCGAAACAUGGCGUAGGUUGAAGCAGAAAUUCAGCAUGCCCGACGUGCAACGCGAACAUUCACUUCUUGCACAAGUGUUGGAUUGGAGGUUUAACACGGCGACCUUUGAACAGGACUUCAACGCAUGGGAGACAGUGAAGAUUCGUUACGAAACGCUGACCGGCACACUUCUGCCCGACGGAGUUCUUAUUGCCACGCUUCUGAAUAAGAUUUCAGGUCCGCUUCAGCAGCAUCUGCGUUUGAAUUCUACUUCCCUUCGCACGUUUGCACAGAUGCGUGAGAUCAUUGUGUCUCACUUCAGGUCUCGGUUGAUGCUUCAGGGCACUGCAACUUCCCAGAACCAAGGUCCAGCUCCAAUGGACGUAGGAGCAGUCGGCAAAGGCUACUUCGGAAAAGGAAAAGGAAAGAAAGGCAAAGGAGGAAAAGGUGGCUUCGGUCACUGGAACUUCAUGAAAGGCAAAGGAAAAGGAAAGAGUUUUGGAAAAGGCCCGAACUUCGGUUCAGGAAAGAAAGGAAGCAAAGGAAACUUCAGCAAAGGCAACGGAAAAGGAACAGGUGGCUUUGCAAAAGGAACUUCGAACAAAGGAAACAGCAGCAGUAGCAGCAUCACUUGCUGGACAUGUGGCAAACCCGGCCACACUUCAAAGGAAUGCUUCCAAGCGAAUCGUGUUGCUUCAGUUGAUGACACUUCUGCCUUGGCAGAGUGGCAGGACGAUGGAUGGUACUUCGAGGAUUGGAAUGAUUUCGGUUGGGAUCCGUAUGACUUCUCAGUUGGUGCUGUGGAUGACUUCGGUUAUCCAUGGUACGAAGGGGAUGAUGAGCCAUUUGGUUGGCCGAUUGGACUUCUGAGUGUGAGGCUGACUUCGCAGCAGAUCACAAACUUCAUCGAUGGCAACCACUUCAGGGUGUGGAACCGUCGCUACAUCGACUACUUCAUCAAUGUGACUUCCGGUGACUUCGAAAACAGAAAACACUUCCGCGAUGGCCAACACAUUGUCGAUCCUCAAGCUUCCUGGCACCUGGCAGGAGACUUCUGGAUCUCGAGGGCAUUGGCUGUGCAGUCACUUCGUGCCCGCUACUGA